AUUCCUUCCCCUCCAAUCACUCACCAUAUCACCAUCUCCGACUCGGCUCGCCAUGUCUCGUAAAAGUGGGAGCAUGGCGUUUGCUAGCAGAACAAUGUUCGAUGCUUUCAGCGACGGGAACAGCCUUGACGAGGACGAUGUGGAAGAACAAUCUCAAGCCGGUUCUAGUAAGACUCCAUCUCCGACAUCCCCUAAGCGACUCUCAAAAUCAGCCAAGAGAAGACAGGCUAAACAAGCUGCCACACCUUCCUCUCCUCAAACUCCCGGUCUCCCUCAGCCGAAUGGGAGCACCCCGGUGACGAACGGCACCAGCUCAGUCCGACUUCCACCUGCUCCCAGUACUCCUUCAACCGUCCUCGAAACUGGAAGCGCAAAGCCGCAACCAUCUACCACUCUUGAAACCUCAACUAGUUCUCAAAUACCGGGUAUUCCUAUCCAUCCCGAGAUUGGGACACCGAGCGGUUCGGAUUCGAGAACUGCAACGACAAUAGCGUCCGAGAAGCUUCCCUCGAGACGAUAUGACAAAAACGCGUCCAACGGCGAAGACCUCAAACCCUCCACGUCCGGUGUUCCCACAUCCGAUUUCUCGCCCAAACUCCCAGCGUCCCUUCCCGUGCCGAGUGGGGACCCGUUGCCGGACAAUCGAAAGCGGAAGAUUCCACAAGACUUCGUCCCUGUUGGCCCUGGGGACGCUAAAAUUCCUUCAAGCCCGAGCAAUAAUGCCGUCAAAUUCGAAAAUGGCACGGUCCCAGGCGAGGAAAAACAGGACCAGAGGACAAUGACACUCAAGCCGUCUGUGCUGGCUCCAAAGAUCAAAGAUCGGAAUGCUAUCGAACGGACCAUUUGGACGUUCAUCAUGAUUGGAGGGUUUAUCACAUUAUUAUGUCUCGGGCAUCCCUACAUGAUCCUACUGAUCAUGGUAUGUCAGACCCUCGUGUACAAGGAGGUGACCGCCCUGUUUGAGCUUCGAGAUCAAGGGUCUCCCAAGGCGGAAACGCAUCCUGAGGAUCGCGACAAGUGGAGUAAAACCUUGAACUGGUACUUUUUCGUCGUCACGAAUUAUUUCUUGUAUGGCGAGUCUAUCAUCUACUAUUUCAAGCACAUCGUUUUCGUCGAUCGACACUUCAUACCUUUUGCUCGCAAUCAUAGAUUCAUCAGCUUCAUGCUUUACAUGGUCGGCUUCAUGGGCUUUGUCGGUAAUCUCCAACGGCAAUAUCUACGUCAACAGUUCGGCCUGUUUUGCUGGGUGCACAUCACUCUGCUGCUCAUCGUGGUGUCCAGCCAUUUCAUCGUCAACAACAUCCUCGAAGGUCAUGUCUGGUUCUUUAUCCCUGCUUCUUUGGUAAUCUGUAACGACGUCAUGGCCUACGUAUGCGGCAAGCUCUUCGGUCGAACUCCUCUGAUCAAGUUGAGCCCCAAGAAGACUGUCGAAGGUUUCGUCGGGGCAUUCAUCUGCACCUUGAUGUUCGGCCUGGCCUGGGGCACGUAUUUCAUGCGUUUCCCCUACAUGAUCUGUCCGGCUACCGACUUGGGUACGAAUGUCUUCUCGCAGGUCUCUUGCAAGCCCAAUCCGGUCUUCUUAUGGCGUGAAUUCGAGUUGACCGGGGUGGCUCAACAAAUUCUGCAAACUGUGCUCGGCCGCCCGCCUCCUGCCAUACCCUACGCUCCGUUCCAGAUCCACGUACUCGUCAUGGCCACUUUUGCCUCUCUGGUGGCACCUUUUGGCGGCUUCUUCGCUUCUGGCUUCAAGCGCGCCUUCAACAUCAAGGACUUUGGUCAUUCCAUUCCUGGGCACGGUGGCAUGACGGACAGGAUGGAUUGCCAAUUCCUCAUGGGAUUAUUCUCAUAUGUCUAUUACAGCUCGUUGAUCAGGAUCCAGAAUGUGACCGUGGGCUCGAUUAUGCAGUCGGUAGUCACGUCGCUCACCGCGGCUGAGCAGGUCGACUUGUUCUUCGACUUGAAGAGGUUUCUCGAGGGUCAAGGGAUACGGACAAAGUGAGCGGGGGGUGGGAUGUAUGAAGUCGCAGCGUUCGCCUCGUAGGGCCAGAGCAGCAUAUAUAGUUUACUCACCCACAAACACACACACACCAGACAAACAAAAGUUCUCACAUGCAAUCAUGACCUAUCCUCUUC